AUGCUGGAGUCAGGCACGAUUGAGACAGUGCAGGCAUUUCUCCUGAUGGGAAAUUACCUCCAGAAGAGAGACCGGACCAACACGGGCUACAACUUCAUCGGGUUGGCAUAUCGAAUGGCAUUGGGGUUGGGCCUGCACCGCGAACCUCCGGGACCCGAAGACACCCUCGGCCAUGAACGCCGGAGACAGCUGUUUUGGACGGUAUACUGCUUCGAGAGCGGCUUCAACAUUACAACGGGACGACCACCGACGAUGUCGGAUGAUUUCAUCGACACUCGAAUUCCACGCAACAUUGAUGACAAGGAGUUGUCGUUCAAGGCACCCGUACCACCUCCGGUCAACUAUCCGACUACGUAUUCAGCGGUAAUAUGCCAAGCUCAACUGGCGAAAAUUGCCGAUGCUGUCUACCAUGAAUUCCUCUUAGCAAAGACGGCAAGUACGAAGGUCGAGUACCGUGUGGCAGAGACCAUGGAACGGGACCUCAAUCGCUGGCGACAAAACCUACCCGGGUACUUCCUCACCACAGACUGCCCAAAUUGGUUUAGGGCACCACGAUCUGUUGUCCUCUGGAAAGAACAGAAUCUUCGCAUUCUUCUAUGGCGCGGCAGCCAGAAGUACCACAGCUACCUUCCAACCAAGACCAACGCAGAAGAAAAGUGUCUUGAAGUUGCCAUGCAAAGCAUUCAUGAUAUCGCCACCUUCUGCAUGGCCAAUGAAGCCUGUCUACACCAGGGCCUCAUUUGGUACGCGACGUAUUUCUUAUUCCAGGCCACGUUGGUCCUGGAAGCCAAUUAUCUCACCGAAACUAGUCGGCCGGAAGAGGACAGGCUGGCUUGGCAGCAUUCCGUGUCGAAGGCGCGCGCUUGUCUCAAAACGCUGGAGCAGAAGAGCAGAUCAGCGAAGCGCUGCCUGGAGAUGUUGGAUCGCAUCCACAGCCAGUUUCAGUUUCUACCACAGCUUGAUUUGGAGCUGGAUCCAACUUGCUUCCAGGUGUCUAGCCUGGGCCAAGAUAUCACGACAACAUACCCCGAGAGCAGUAUCAUGCCUCCUGCUCACGAUUUUAUGGAGCUGCCCAGCGAGAACGACUUUGCGUUUUACGGGGAAAGUCAACCUGUGUUUGGCGAUGAUACGGCUGACCCGAGCCUCCGGAUGUUGCUGAACGAGGCCUCACUUGACUUUAUGGACAACAUGCCGCUGGACCUCCUACUAGGUGACUGGACUACGUAG